CACUUUGAUUUCCACUGCACCACCAUCCACUCAUAUCUCGAUGAUCCGCAUACGACAUCCUCAGGGCGCUUCGAGCUUUCAAAUUGACGACACCACAGCAUGGCAUCAGCUCGAAAGCUUCCUCUCCGGCCUGGUCAAGGUGGAAGAUUAUGAGCUUCGCACAGGCUAUCCACCCAAACCCAUCGACACUUCCUCCCUCACUCCGUCUUCCCUCCUUUCACAACCGCCUCUGUCCAUCAAGCGGGGCGACCAGUUGAUCCUCGCCCCAAAAGCAUUGCCAAACGGCGGCGUGGCACCCUCAUCGCGACCAAACCAAUUCUCCCCUCUUGCCUUCGCAUCGUCCUCUUCCAGCAAGUCGCAACCAUCCAAUGUACCGAGCUUCAAUACGAGUAGCGCGACGGCAGUGCGAGGGGCGCCGCCACAGCAUCGGGCGGGGAGUGGUACAGAUGGAGUUGGAGGAAUGUCACGCAGCCAGCAGGUGGCGAUGAGGGCUUGUGCUGAGUCGAGCGCCGCGGCGGCAUCAGCGUCUUCGCCAGGCAGCAACAGUCAGCCCAAGACUUCAGCUGGUUCCGCCGCUGGAUCGAAGGGAUCAGUACAGGAUGGCGAGGUGUACGUCCGCCUGCCGUCCACGGGGGAGCAUCUGACGCUCAAAGUUGUGCCGGAUGAUAAUAGCUGUCUCUUUCACGCAAUCGCCGUUCUCUUCCAUCAAAAGACCGGCCUCGACGUCUGUAAGGGGCUGCGACAAGUCGUGUCACAAGGGAUUCUAGCCAACCCAGAAGACUACCCAGAAGUCGUCCUGGGCAUGCCGCCUCACGAAUACGCGCGCAAGAUCUCAGAGGAGAAGACUUGGGGAGGAGCAAUUGAGCUUUCACUCCUCUCCAACCACUUCAACACAGAGCUCGUCUCUCUCGACGUAUCAACAGGCGUGACCUAUCGAUUCGGCGAAAGUGCCUCCCCUCCCCACUCUCAGAUCGGGUAUCUGAUCCACAGCGGGAUUCACUACGACUCCCUUGUCCUCCUCCCGGCCGAGGUGGAGCCUUCGCCCGGCCAAGUGCCCCUGGACUUUGCCCGCACGCUCUUCUCUCGGGAUGAGCAGCAGCCACUGGACGCUGCGGCAAAGGAGAUGGUGGCGAAAUUGAAGGCGCGGCAUUACCAUACGGACACAGCGACGUUCGAUCUCAGGUGCGGGACGUGUGGGAGUGCCUUGGUGGGGGAGAAGGGGGCGAGUCGGCACGCCAUGGAGACUGGGCAUACGGACUUUCGGGAGGCGUGAUAGAGAAGGGGUGCUUGGAAGAAUGCUUCCAUUGCUUCAGCAGGAGGAAAGCCAAGCAAUGCAAUAGUUCUAUUUGCAACAGCCUUCCCUGCUCACAGAUCCACGCUUCACUUCUUGCCCUUCUUCUUGUUCUUCUUCUUCUUGUUCUUCUUGCUGUUCGACGACCCUCCGCCAGCGCCACUCGAUGGGGCCGCGCCCGCCUCUGCAUCGCCCGUCUUGUCGCCGGACCCUUCGCCCUCGUC